ACAGGCCAUAACCAAGAUUUUGAAAAAUAAUUAUAAUUGAUUAUUUAACAAUCCAUGGCAAUCCGUUUAGAUAGAGACAUGUCUUACAUUUAUUCAAGGUAUUGACAUCAAUAAAAAUGGAUCGACUUCAUUUUAUUUUAUAUUUUAAGAAUAAAUCUAACUACUCAAAAAUUGAAGGCUUUCUUUACUUAUUAGCGAGGGCCUCCAUGUAAAAGCUUCUGAGAAGCAAUAGAUUAAAUUAUAAUAGGCAAUUCAUUAAAAUACCAAUAAACACAGAACAUGACUGAUAUGAUCACCCUAAACCAGCAGCCCUUACGAUAGCUGAUGCCAAGAAUGCUGCAUGUUUUGAAAGCUUCCAGAAAUGUUGGGAAAAACAAUAGUAUUGAAUUAAACAAGACUUGAAUAUUGGCGUAGGUCACUGAAUACAAUUAGUUUCCUUUUGUCUUGGAUAAGCUACUGCAGCACGAGGCAAAAUCAUCAAGUACUCAAAAGGAAUUGUGCAGUUCCUAGCAUGAUAUUUUUUGCAAUAAACUGAAAUAAAAGCACAAUGCCCCUGCACAGGAUCGAUAACAUUCAUAAGUUACAGGAAGUUUAUAACUCUAGUAUGUAAAAAUAAGAGUUAAAAUAUCACAUAAAACAUAUGGAAAUAAAAAUUAGAAUUGCAAAGGGUUGUUUAGUACCACACAAGUAGAUGCUACGGAAGCACAAAUAACAAAACCAUCUUCCACCUUAUACUGUCCAAAUGUAACUUGUAAACAGCAUCACAAAUAGUUUUUGUUUAAUAAUUUUAAAUGGUUUCAGUAUGUAAGAUGUUACGGACUCAGUGAAAGUCCCUUUAAGAUAGAGAGUGUGUGUGUAUGUGGGGCGUGCUUACGUCAAUAGAAGAUAAAGGACGUAAUGACGUGGUUGAAGAAGUUAGAAGAAGAAGGAGAGAGAGAGAAGGGAGAGAGACACCAGCCUGCUUGUUUUCUCUAUCGAUGGAUGAGAAACAAUAACUGUGUUUGCCACUGAAAUCCAUGUAUGGAAGUUGGAAGUAAUCCGGUGGAGUUCACUUUGUUGCUGACCUGUAGAAGGAAACAAGUAUUUGUAUGUGGAUGACCACGGUUCGGGUGCUUUUCGGGGUGAGGAAGUCACUACCGAGUAAACACUGAAGUGUCGUUUGGGUUCCAUCAUGGAACAUUUGGAUUUCGUAUGUACUCUCUCUAUGUUUUUCUACAUCUACAUCUUAUCUUCAGACAACGGUGGUUGUUGAAGAAGCCCUUGCUCAUGUUUCACCUUAUGGCUUGCGGAACUAAACUUUAAGAACCAUUCCGGAACUGGGAGUUUUGGACUUUGUCACACACACACGAAGAGUUUAGUUUUGGGGUUAAUGUUCGAGGUUUAACAUUUUUGAAUUCUAACAUACUAACAUUUUGACUUUUAUUUUACGUAUUAUCAUAAGUAGUGAUUAAUAAAAUAGUUUUUAACACUGAAUCAUGCUCAGUGUGUUUCUUUUGUUGCUGGUUCGUGACAAAGAGCAUAAAUGUGUAACCUUUACCUUUAAUUGUAUGCUGUUAUGAGGCUGCAGAUAUAUCUGCAAGGCGCAAUGGGGUAUUUGUCCAUAAGUAAACAAGUUUGAUGUUUGCUGUUUAAUAUAAAAAUGUCAAUUGCUUUACAACUUUGAAAUUCAGAACAAUGGUAUGAGGGUGAAGAGAGGUCAGAUAGAAAGAUAGUAUUUUGCUAGUCAACAGCCCCAUAGAACUUGGGGGUCUGCUGUAGUUGCAAUUAUGGAGAACAUCUGUCCUGGCCAAUGAGCUUCCACAGUCCCUUGGGGCAGAUCAUUUCAAACAAUCACCACACUUUGAUUGAAGAACUUUCACCUCAACUCAGUCCCAAAUGGCCUCCCUCUCAUUUUGAGGCUGUGACCCCUGGUUUUAGGCUCCUCAGUGAAGGGAAACAUUCUCCACACAUCUGCCCUGUUGAGCCCACUAAGCACUUGGUAUGUUUCACUGUUGUCAUCUCUCAUUUCGCCAAACUCUAGAAAAUAGAGGCCGAAUUUUCUCAAUCCCUCCAUCCCAGGAAUCAGUCCCUCUGUAGGAAGUGUAUCAUUGCAAGGAGAUCAAAAUUGUAGGUAUUCUCCAGGUGUGCUCUCCCCGAGGUCCUAUGCGAAGGAUGAAGGACGGGAACAAUUAAUUACUACAAACACAGGAAAUGCUGGAAAGCUCAGCCGCAGGUUGUGCAGAAAGAGCGUUAACAUUUCUCAUCCAUGACCUUCAAGGAUGACACGAAAGGUAAUCGAGCCGAAACUUCCUUUUUCCUCAAGAUUUUCCCGACGUGCGAGUAUUUCCAACAUUUGUUUCUAUUUCAGACUUCCAGCAUCCGCAGAAUUUUGCCUUUGACGAUUAAAUGGCAAAAUAAAUAAAAUAAGACAAGAAACAAUAUAAAAUCUUGCAUUUAUAUAAUGUAGGGCACGAGGAAGAACUAAACUCGCUGCAGAAAGGGGGUUUAAGGAUUGGAGAGGCGUGAAUGAACAACCCCCUCAGGUGAUUUGUUGCAGUGUAAGCCGAGUCCCUGGAACGAUCUGCCCACAGCGUUUCCCCGAGCGGGGAGAUGUUUACUGUGGUUAACACGAGUUACUGAAAGUCUGGCUCCGUCCGCCAACUAUCGGAGGAAGACACCAAGAGAUACAGAAGGGAACCCACCGUGGUCCUCUUGCAUCAAUCCGACCGGCGAGGAUCCGAGGUCGCCCGCAAUGGAGGCUAUUGGCGGCCGCUUCACACGUUGACGGCGACGAACGGUUGUCCCGCCAGCUCGAGUUGGGCGCCACGCGACGCCGCGCGGGGCGGUGGCGGUUAGAAUUUGAACUAUGCUCACAGCGGACGGCCAGCGGCUGGAGCGGCGGGCGCGGCACGGCGGAGCCUGAUUCGCUGGCCCGAGAGCCGGUCGGCGUGCACGCGCGUGUGCACGAGCCAGCGUGGGAGGGGAGACGGAGUCGAGCAUAUCGCUGUCAAGAAGAAGGUUUUCCUCCUUCUUUCCCUCCCCUCCUUCCCUCUCGCCCCUUUCCCACCCCGGUCCGCCCUUGUCGCGGCUGCCCCGUCCCCUCUUCUUUUCCUUCCUCCCUCCUUCCCUUCCCGGACAUGGCCAGCGAACAUGACCUGACGCCUGAAUCUCGGCCGCCGCCCGUCGACCAGGACCAAAGCUGUGGUCUGUGUGGCAAAAUGGAGAAGCUGCUACUGUGCGGGCGAUGCAAAAGGUCUUUCUAUUGCAGCAAAGAGCACCAGAAGCAGGACUGGAAGAAGCACAAGCAAGUCUGCAAGGAGGCGGUGAGCCGUCAGGGCCGAGCGGCGGGCGAGGUGAACAGUAACAACCAGCUGCCGCGGCCGCCCAUUGCACCAGAUCCCGUGAACGGGCAGCAGUCGGAGAGGAGCCAAGACACCCUGGGGAUGGUGGGCCACCUGCUAACCGGACCUGGCAUCAGGAGUCGGAGUCACAGGGGGCCACAUGGACUGAGCGGCGGCUCCCAGAUGCUGGUCCUGGAGUACAUCGUGCCCUGCAUGAACAAGCACGGCAUCUGCGUGGUGGACAACUUCCUGGGCGAGGAGACGGGCGACGGUGUGCUGAGGGAGGUGAGGGAACUGCACCGCAGCGGCCGUUUCACUGACGGCCAGGUGGUCAACCAGAAAGGAGACUCCUCCAAGGACAUUCGCGGCGACCAGAUCACCUGGAUAGAUGGCAAGGAGCCGGGCUGCACGCAAAUUGGGAUCCUAAUGAACAACAUGGACGAUCUGAUCAGGCAUUGCAACGGGAAACUGGGCAGCUAUAAUAUUAAUGGCAGGACGAAAGCAAUGGUUGCAUGUUACCCAGGCAAUGGAACAGGAUAUGUACGUCACGUUGAUAAUCCUAAUGGAGAUGGACGAUGUGUCACAUGUAUCUAUUACCUGAAUAAAAAUUGGGAUGCGCAGGUGAAUGGAGGUCUUCUUCGAAUUUUUCCAGAAGGCAAAUUACAGUUUGCUGAUAUUGAACCAAAGUUUGACAGGCUCCUAUUUUUUUGGUCUGAUCGACGUAACCCACAUGAAGUACAGUCAGCUUUUGCCACAAGGUACGCCAUAACAGUCUGGUAUUUUGAUGCAGAUGAGCGAACACGAGCUAAAGACAAAUAUUCUACAGGUGAAAAGGGAGUAAAAGUUGAAUUAAAUAAACCUUCGAAUUUGAAAGAAGUUUGACACUUCCUUCUCCUUUUCCAUUGAGAUAUAAAAUUUAUCUCAUGAAUGUUGCCAAGUGAGUGGAUGAAGAAUACAAUACCUACAGUUUGUGACUGAGGAUGGAAAUUCAGCAACAAAAUGUCAUGCAAGAAUGGAUCCUGAAUGCCAAGGCUUUGCAUUAUACUCAUUAUCUCCUGGAUAUUUUUGUUUUGUGUGAAGAAUGCUCUGGUUGGAGCAGUAACAGAAAUACCCAAGCUGGAAUGGAGUGGCACAAAAAUGCCAGAAAUUAUUCAAAUGCUCUCAAUUUGUCAUAUUUUAUCUAUUAGUCAUAGAAUCUAAUUCCUAUAUUUCAUUAAUUUGGGGAUAAUUUGAAGAAUAAAAUUUAUGCUGAUGUUAGAUCAAGAAAUCUGCAGUAAUGAUGAUCAUAAAAGUAUUGAUUUUUCUUCCUGAUUUCAAUUUCAGUCACUGGUGAGAAAAUAUGUUGCAAUAUUUCCUGAGCUCAAUUAUAACUUUCAUUAUAGCCAUCUAUCACCAGCAGUAUUUUUAAAAAAAGACUGUUCCUCAGUUUUGAGCAACAAAUACAUGCCUUCCAGCCUUCCAAAUGGUCUAUUUUUCUGUUAUUUCCCUCGGCUUAUUCCAUUCCUUAACCAUCUUCCGUGUGCUUUCAUUGUUUUAUCACUUUUAAUUUUGUGACUUUUGCCAUCAGUAAGGUCCCCAAUUUUUAUUCUUGUGAACUUGUUGCAGUUAUAACUGACCUGCCACUGAGACUAUUACCUGACAAGUGUUGAGAUUCAUUGCAAGAUUCCAUAUGUCAGAGGGAGAGAGAGAGAGAGAGAGACUAAACAGGAUUUUAUUUUUGAAUCUAAAAUGAUGAUUUGGGUCAUCCAUGGGAUAAACUACUUGUGACUAUAUAGAUUGUUCUCCUAAAAAAAUUGGUUGUAAAACAUUUUUGAAUAUGUUAACCAGAUAAAAUAUUUACACAAUCUUUAACCAAGAUGUCAAAUACUUAAUGGGUUUGGAUGCUGUUUUAUUUGUACAUUGAUUACUUUGGAGCAGUGUUUUGUUACAUUAGUCUCAACAGCCCCCUCAUUUUCUUCAAUCAUUAUUUAAAUAAGAAUAAAUCAGUGAACUGAUUCUGAACACCGCUUUUUUAAUUCCAUAUAUUUUCUGAAUGGACUCAAUUUGAAUAUUUUCUGAAUGGACUCAAUUUGAAUAUUUUCGGCUGAGACUGCAUCUACGUAAUGUAAUAUUGAAUGCUUUCAGCACUUACAGAUGAGUUGCCACAGUGGUGCAUUGUUGCCUUUUCCACAUGGUAAAGCACCUAGCUGCUGCUUUUUCUGACAGUAUAUUUUAAAAUUCCCUGUGACAUGAGGGCUGUAUAGCUAAAGAUUCCAUAGCAUGCACAUAAAUAACUGCUAUUUAGUAUUGUUGAACAUUAUAAUAUAAAAGUGUUAAUUAUGAAAUGAAUUGCCAGCUUGUAAAAGUUGCAAAAAAAAUUAAAUCCUUUAUCGUUGGUUACUGAAACCAAGUGUUAUUACUUUGACUUUGUGGAAAAAAUUGAGUUGAUGGAACUAACGUGGUAUGAGGAAAAUGUGUUUAGUUUAUGCUGAUGUAUUUUCAAAAUGACAUUUUACAAAAAAAAAUCAAUAAUAGUUCAGUAGAAAAAAGGGAGAAGAAUGGAGACUAAUUAACUUUGAGUAGUUACUCUACGUGACAAAUCUGACAAAGUACCAUUAAAAAUCAGAUUGAUUUGGAUGACUUUUUCAGAAGAGGAAUAUCUCAGGAAUGAGGAAAAGAUUAUUUCUUUCUGAUGAAGGGUUGUAGACCUGAAACAUU